AUGUCUGGACCUGAAGGAACGGAGCUAAACUCUACAGGUUCAGGGGCUCUGCUGGGGAACAGCAGUGGCACUGGGCUGGCUAAUGUGGAGCAGAUCCUCGUCCCAAUAGUAGAUACACUGAUCCUCGUGCUGGGUGUGUGCGGGCACACCUUGGUGAUGAUCAUCUUGUGUGGACGUAGGAGGGGGAGGGGAGCGGACCGUGGUGGACAGUCUCCCCAGAGCCCUGCGACGGGCACGGGCACCGACAUUCUCCUUCUGUCACUGAGCGCCUCGGACCUGCUCUUGCUCUCCACGCUUCCCUUCCACACCGUUGCCAUAGCCAUGCAGCGGUGGCCGUUUGGGGACGUCAUGUGUCGUCUUUUGGGCUUCUUGGGGUCCACCAGCUCCUCGGCCAGCGUCUUCACUCUGGCCGUGCUGGCCGUGUCUCGUUACCUGACCGUGGUGAGGCCUGCCAGAGCUUACCACCUGCUCACCGCCCGCCGGGUGUCUAUAGCGGCCCUGCUGCUGUGGAUUCCAGCCUGUGGCCUCGGCGCUCCCCAGCUGGUUUUUCGCUCCGUGGGAACCCCACAAAAAAGCCCCGAUGGCUUUGCUUGCUUUGCUUUCCUGUGUUACAGAGACCAGCUGAUCUAUGGACUGUUUCACUUUCUUGCAGCCUUCUUGCUGCCGCUGGUUACCAUUGGAGUGGCGUACGGCAGCAUCUUCGCGUUCCUAUGCGGGGUCCAACACGCGGGCCGGGCCCCCCAGGUAGAGCGCUACCAGAGCAAAGUGACUCAGACGACGGCCAUGCUGGUACUGGCUUUUACCUUGUGCUGGCUGCCCUCGUAUGGACUGACUCUGGCCUUACUGGCCGACAAAAACUCAGCGGCCACGGGAGCCUCGCCCCGUUAUGGCCCCUUUAGUGUAUUUGCACGCUUCAUGGCAACCCUCUCUACAGUGAUGAACCCCAUCCUCUACGUGCUCAUGUCCCAAAAGUUCAGACAGGAUCUACUGAGGCUGUUCAAGAGGGUAGGGCAACAACCAAACACUGCAGUUGAUUUGUCCGCUGCGUGA